GUUCUCUGGGUAAAGAUGGCGGAGCGCGGUUACAGCUUUUCGCUGACUACAUUCAGCCCAUCUGGUAAACUUGUCCAGAUUGAAUAUGCUUUGGCUGCUGUAGCUGGAGGAGCCCCUUCAGUGGGAAUUAAAGCUGCAAAUGGUGUGGUAUUAGCAACUGAGAAGAAACAGAAAUCCAUUCUGUAUGAUGAAAGAAGUGUACACAAAGUGGAACCAAUUACCAAACAUAUAGGUUUGGUCUAUAGUGGAAUGGGUCCAGAUUACAGAGUGCUUGUGCAUAGAGCUCGAAAACUUGCUCAGCAGUAUUAUCUUGUUUACCAAGAACCUAUUCCCACAGCUCAGCUGGUACAGAGAGUAGCUUCUGUGAUGCAAGAAUACACCCAGUCAGGUGGUGUUCGUCCAUUUGGAGUUUCUUUACUUAUUUGUGGAUGGAAUGAGGGACGACCAUAUUUAUUUCAGUCAGAUCCAUCAGGAGCUUACUUUGCCUGGAAGGCCACAGCCAUGGGAAAGAACUAUGUAAAUGGGAAAACAUUCCUUGAGAAAAGAUAUAAUGAAGAUUUGGAACUGGAAGAUGCCAUUCAUACAGCCAUCUUAACCCUAAAGGAAAGUUUUGAAGGGCAAAUGACAGAAGAUAACAUUGAAGUUGGAAUCUGCAAUGAAGCUGGAUUUAGGCGGCUUACUCCAACUGAAGUUAAGGAUUACUUGGCUGCCAUAGCGUAAUGAUGAAGUGACUGAACAAUCCAGAAUUUCAGAUAAUCUAUCUGCUUAAACAUGUUUAAAGAAUGUUUUGUUUUGCA